GUCAAGAAUGCGACGUCAUCAGGAAAUGACGAAUGGUUGUGCACAGUGACAACAGAAUUUGACACUUCAUUAUAGCGCAACAUAUUUAUUGGAAGAUGUAUCUCACUGUAUAUCGGGUGAGCAUGAAUUGACUAACUAAAAUAGUCGUGCGAGUUGUUUUAAGGACAAAAUGCCGACGUCGUUGAUAUUUUUCACUUUAAUAUGCCCGCUCGUAUUUGGGAAAGCCUCACUACCACUGGUUAUCAAUACCUGGAACUUCAAAAAUGCGACGGAAGCAGCAUGGGCGGUCCUGCAGUCCGGAGGCUCAGCAUUGGAUGCCGUGGAGACGGGCUGCAACCGCUGUCAAGAGGAGCAGUGCGACGGUAGCGUGGGCUACGGUGGUAACCCAGACGAGAGUGGUGAGACCACGUUGGAUGCCAUGAUCAUGAAUGGUAACACGAUGGAGGUAGGCGCUGUGGGUGACCUGAGAAGGAUUAAGAACGCCAUUGGCGUAGCAAGAGCGGUGAUGGAGCACACGCAGCACACCAUGCUGGUGGGAGAGUCAGCGUCUGUGUUCGCAGAAAAUAUGGGCUUCAUCGCAGAGGACCUGACCACCAUCAAGUCGCUGGAUAUUUUCACGCAGUGGCUGAAGGGCAAUUGCCAACCUAAUUACCGAAAGAAUGUUCUUCCCAACCCAUCCAAAUCAUGUCCUCCCUACAAGCCACAAGUGAAGCUGGAACAGAAAAAGCAACUUCCUGCUGAUAUUCGUUCCCACGACACCAUAGGUAUGAUCGCAUUUGAUCAAUAUGGCCAUGUGGCUGCGGGGACAUCCACCAAUGGGCUCACUCAUAAAGUUCCAGGUCGAGUAGGGGACUCUCCUAUAGUCGGGGCAGGAGCGUACGCUGACAGCUUGGCAGGAGCUGCCGCUGCAACUGGAGAUGGGGACAUCAUGAUGCGCUUUCUGCCCAGUUACUUGGCGGUUGAGCUGAUGAGGACCGGGAUGGAUCCCUCGGCAGCCUGCAAGAUGGCCAUUUCCAGGAUUAAGAGGCAUUACGCUGACUUUUUUGGGGCCAUCAUAUGUGCUAACUUGACAGGCCAUUAUGGUGCAGCUUGUAACAAGGUGGACGGAUUUUUGCAGUUUCACUACAUGGUGUCAAAUGGCGAGUCCGACGCACCACUUCUCAAGUCAGUGGACUGUUUUUAAUUUUUUAAAAUAAUUUUUCUUUUAAACCAAAGAUUUUGGAGAGAUAUUGAAAACAUUAAAAUAAUAACUGAUGUAAG